AUGCAUAUGUCAUCCAAGCCCCUCCAACGCUUGCGUCAAAGUGUGAAUUAUCAUUCGGACCUUCCUCAAUGAAUAACUAGAUCCCUGUACAUACUGACUGCCGUGAGCUCGUUUCUUCGUAACUGUGGCGCCGACAAAUCGAUCUGGACGGGCGUCUUGCAUAUCCUUUCUCUUCCUCGUUGCUCUUGCUGCGGCUGUGUGCGCCAUUUUUCUUGCCAACAAGGUCUUAUAUAGUGCUGAAACCCGCAAGCCUCUUGAAUCGAGCAAUUACGAGAAGCCAAACACUGUUUCCGAGAUGUCUGGAUUCAAAUCGGUGGCGUAUUUUGUCAACUGGGCCAUCUAUGGCCGCAACCACAACCCACAGGAUCUUCCUGCCGACAAGCUGACUCAUAUAUUGUACUCGUUCGCUAAUGUGCGCCCAGAUAGUGGCGAGGUCUACCUGACAGACACUUGGUCUGACACGGAUAAACAUUACCCAACUGAUUCAUGGAAUGACAGCGGCACUAAUGUCUAUGGUUGCAUCAAACAGCUCUAUUUGCUCAAGAAGCAGAACCGCAAAUUGAAAGUACUCCUGUCCAUUGGUGGAUGGACAUACUCAUCGAAUUUUGCCCAGCCAGCCAGCACUGACGCUGGUCGGACCCAUUUCGCGGAGACUGCGACAAAAUUAGUGCUGGAUUUGGGUCUGGAUGGAAUUGACAUUGAUUGGGAGUAUCCGCAGGAUGAUUCGCAAGCCCAGAAUUAUAUUUAUCUUCUGCAAAAAUGCCGACAGACUCUCGAUGCAGCUGCAGGCCCGAACAGAAGAUUUCUUCUUACAAUUGCUUGUCCAGCAGGACCAUCAAAUUACCAAAAACUUCGCCUUCGUGAGAUGACGCCAUACCUUGACUUUUAUAAUCUUAUGGGCUACGAUUAUGCUGGAUCGUGGGACCAGACCGCUGGCCAUCAAGCCAAUAUAUUCCCAUCAAACCAGAACGGCGUAUCCACGCCAUUCUCUACCGUAGCUGCUCUUGACUAUUACAUCAAAUCUAGCGGUGUGCCAUCCUCCAAAAUGGUUUUAGGCAUGCCGCUUUACGGCCGCGCUUUUCAGAAUACGCAAGGUCCCGGCGCCCCCUACAGUGGCGUGGGUGAAGGCAGCUGGGAACAAGGGGUGUGGGAUUACAAGGCGCUUCCUCGACCAGGGGCAUCGGAAGCUGUUGAUCCGCAGAUUGGUGCGUCGUGGUGCUAUGAUCCUGCUACCAAGACCAUGGUGACGUAUGACAAUGUUGCGGCCAGCGAAAUCAAGGCCAAUUUCAUCCGUCAGAACGGGCUAGGUGGAGGAAUGUGGUGGGAGAGCAGCGGUGACAAAGGAGGCAAAGCUGCUAAUAAGGCUGAUGGUAGUCUGAUUGGUACUUUUGUUGAUGGUGUUGGAGGUGUUGGCGCUUUGGACCAGUCUCCCAACAACUUGGAGUUUCCAGAAUCGAAGUUUGACAAUUUACGAGCAGGCAUGCCAACAGCAUAGGCAUAUAUUUCAAUAGUGAUUACAGGUAUAGUCUACAAAUAGGAUGUAUAUUCAAACGGAAGAGUUGAUUU